GAGAACCGCCGAAAUCAGUUGACAGUGACUACAAUUCAAGUAAUGAACUACCCAGUCCUGAAAGUAGUAAAUCACAAAAACGUGUCGAGAGACAUGAUUUGAUUCCAUCUGGUACAUCAUUAGAUACUUCCUCUCUCGAGACAAGUGGCUCGCCUAUCUCAGCAGAACAAGUUGCGCUGUGUUUACUGGAGAAAGUUGCUUCAAGGAAAAACUUAACUUCAGCAGAUUUAAAAUGGAUGGUAUCUGAACAUGAUGUACCACAAAGUUUAUUACCUUUACCUACUGCUAUUCCUGUGUCACCUGAUGAUGAGUUGUAUGACACAACUGAACACUUUGAUAGAAGAACAUCUUUACCUGUAAGUAAUGGAUGUUUAUGGUGUGCAAUCUUGCACGGUCGGUCCAGAGUAGGUAGCCCCCUUACGGAAAUUUCACAUGUGAAAUCCAGGGGGUACAAGGAGAUGCGCCCCCCCUAAUGGUAUCUAGCACCCCCUUGAAGGUGGUAUUCCAUAUUUGAGUUGUGAAUACUACUUAUUAUAUUGAAACGAUUGAUUGAUUUUCGAAUACGCGAGAAAAUAUUCAAGCACUAAAAAACGUAGCACUAUAUAGCGGGUCACCAUAUAACGUAGCUUUUCUUAAUUUUCACAUGAAAUACGAGUACUGUGAGUAAUACGUAGUGCUUUGAGUAAUACGUAGUGCUCAGCGUGUAGGAAAUGGCAUUUCAAGGACUUCCAAUUUCAAACAUUUUCUGCGAGACAAUGACCCUAGAUCCCAUAGUAAUGCUCUCCCUCUGGAAAACCUCCUCCCCCUCUAACAAAUGAGGCCAGAUCCGCCCCUGGUGAAAUCCACAUUUUCAAACGUGAAAUCGAUUUUACAUGUGAAAUCAACGUGUGGAAUUGGAACACUUCACAUGUGAAAUGGAUUUCACAUGUGAAGCUUUCAUAUGUGAAAGUGUGAAACAGAAACUUGUGUCCGGGGAAAUUUGAUAAAUUAUUAAGACGGAAAGUCUUUUGUUAAAUGUGUGUCUUUUUUGUUGUUUUUAAGUGUCGCCUAAGAGGAAAUCUCGAAUGGGCUCCUCCAAGACAGCAGAUUAUUUUUAGCAUUCCAUCAAAUCCAAAGUAAGCUUGUGUUCAUCUCGGCAUUUACAGUAUAUCUGUUUGGUUCUGUAAGUACGAAAACGAACAUCUAUCCACCCAAGGACGAAAAAGUUUUUGUGACCACACUUUAUUUUUCUAGACGAAAAGAAACGAUGACAAAGCAGGGAUAUCGCUGUGCUGGGUGCGGUAUGCGUAUUGAUCCAGGUAAACUAUAUAAAAAUAUUGCUGGUAGAAGGAAUUUUCGAGCUAUACUGUAGAAACUAAAAUGCCACGACUGUACACGUCAUCGACCUCGAUCUUAAAAGAAACUAUUUGACCUUCGCCAGAGAACUUAUAUCCCGCAAUUCGGGUGACUACAAGCUCUACUGUGUCCAGUUGCCCAAAAUUUAGAAGUGAUGAGAACGUGUAGCUCAGGUGGUAGAGCAUCGAUCUAUAGUAAUUCGAAGGUCGUGGGUAUGAAACCAUGCAGCCUCUUACUCUUCAGAAAUAAGCUACAUUAUCUUUACAGACAAAAGCUAGAAGUCGAAUAUAUACUCCCACAUAAAACUAAUUAGGUGUUGUACUAUAACAUUUUUGUACAGUAUUUGAUUUAGAUAACAACUGUAACAUUUUAUUCUGUAAAAUUUUAAAUGGGAGGUAGAUAUCAAUUGGGACUUUUGUCCUGGUUGUGUCUCCUGUUUGCUACUUACUGUGGUGACAAAUUACAUUAAACAUUAAACAUAAAAUAAUAUAACCAUAUACUGAUAUACCUAUUAUACUCCCAAUGCAUGUGUGAAGAUAAAGAUUAGAAUUGUUUUGUUUUUUUGAUCAUGUAGGCUACAUGAAGAGAUUCCGCUACUGUAACUAUUUAGGAAAGUAUUUCUGCAACACUUGUCAUUGUUCAAAACCGACAGUCAUUCCUGCUCGUAUUAUUCAAAGAUGGGAUUUCAAAGAAUAUCCUUUUAAUUUAAAAGUAAAAAGUAUUUAUAAAUUUUAGUAAUUUUGUUUACGCAGAAGUGAGAAAACAGGAAAUAGCAAAUUUGGAACCAUGUCCUAUAAAGUUUUUAAACAGAUUGUUCGGAUGCUUGUGAAUUUUAGAAGCUAUACUGAAUAGAAAGUAGUCUGUUUCUGUAUGUUUAUUUCUUUAAUUUUUUCGUUGUUAAAAUACUUACCAGUCAGGGUCCGGUUGUACUAAAGCCUGAUAACGCUAUCCACAGUAUCAUAGUGAUUUACUCAAACUUUCUAAAAUUGUUCGUUGGUUGGUAUAACCUGGAUUAAGCUCAGGAUUAAACUUUAGUAUUUAUAACUUUAUUUUGUUUAUUUAUAACAGUAUUUGUUAACUUUGAAAAAACACUACCAAGUGGCAAGUGGAUAGCCCUGACCAACCUUCGUAUACAACCGAGUCCUAGUUGCUAUCCAGCUUUUCCUGUCGUCUCCAAAACCCGAUUCAUUACACAUUGUAAAUAUUGUCCUUAACAAAGUUUACAUAUGAAGUAUCUAAUUUCGCUCGAGAUUUGCUUAGCAGAGUUCACAAUGAUCCGCUAUUCAAUAUUCAGGCUAUCAACAAGACACUGUAUAAAAAAGUGAAAGAAGUGGAUGAUGUUAAGGUUUGGGGAUUGAAACUGUUUUAAAAUAUACAUAUAUGUGCCUUAUUCACUGGGCGGAGGUCCGCUAUAGGAUCAUUACACGUGAAAUUUUUUUCAAAUCUCUUACUAUGGAAAUAGUAUAGAUCUGCGUUUGAAAUAGCAUGGAAUUCCAAUUUUCAUACUAAUUGCAAUUUCCAUACUAUAUAGACAUGUAGUAUGGAUAUACUAUGGAUUUAGUAGUACAAUAGCAAAUUUAUAUGGAUUUACAUAGUAUAGGGGUUUCACAAUUGUUUUGCAGUGUUAGUCGAGUUCUGUAUACACGAUAUUAUAGUGUACCUUAUACUGUCUGGACUGAACAAGCUCGGUCGAUAAGUUAUUUAUUAUAUGGCUAAAUUAAAAACAAGAACAUUCUUCGAAAAACAAUGUUUAUAAAUUAGGUCGAGAAUUAAGUUGUUUAAGACACAAUUUGAAAAUUCAAAAAUGCAGGAUACCGGUAUUCAAUUUUUGACAAAGAUAAUAAAUCAAUAGCAAGAUAUUUUCGAUAUAGUUGCUACAACAAUAUAUUGUUGUCCACCAACCGCAUCCAGGUGCUCAAAUUACGUUAUUGUUAUUUUACAAUUGUUCAAAAUACUGCGGUUGUAAGCUUACUGAGGUCGGAAACUUACAAUUAGUUGAACUGAAGCAAUCGUUAAAGCUUUUGUUUCUUUAAGUGACAAUGCGCCCUGAUGCUCCCACAUUAUUAUUCUACUCCACUUUAUUAUUAUGCCCCCCCCCCCGCGCUUAAUUAUUUUUCUCCAACGUCCAACCCCAUAGAGAUUUUACUUGUCAAACAAGUCAAUAUCUGUACUUUCAUUUUUUUGUAUUUUGUUUUAGUAUUUGCGUCUUCAACUUCACCACCUGGCGUCAUUUUUACGAACUUGUCGAUAUGCUGUAAAGUAAGAUUUGAUCUUAAAUAAAUUCUUCGAAGCGCAUUGCAUUUGUAAAAGGCUUAAAGGACUAUAUCCCAUGUUUUUCAUUAAUAUAAUAUACAUCAUAAUAUAAUAUAGUUCAUCUAAUAUACUAGCCAUUAAUUGCCAUGGCCAAAAAAGGUAUUUUACUUACGGCACUCCUGCGUUGACGACUUUGCUGCAUGUGUACGACCUGUGUGAAAGGAAACGGGCUAAAGGCUAUUUUUCACUUCAACUGUAUCGUGCCGAAGCGUAGCAUGUUUCUUUGUUAGUAUAAUUCUAUAAUAUACAUAAAAAUAUUACUCGACUGUGAUUGGUUGAUUUCAAUGCAGUUAAUCUCAAGCAAAAUCUGUAAAAAAAAAAAACAAACAUGGCGGCCGUGCUACAUGAGUAAAAGUUGAGUUCGGGUGGAAAAUAUGCAUGGCUUUUAUCGGGAGGUUUUAACUACAAUUGUCUCGAAUAUUUUUUAUGUUUAUUAUCAAUACGCAAUAGGACGAUUUCUCGUGAAAUUUGGAUAAAACAAGCACUCGUGAGUUUUUCAAAGACUUCAAAUAGCACUCGUCCUUCGGACUUGUGCUAUUUGGAUCAGGGGUGUAUAUUCUUCAAUGACCUUUGAUUUCUCCCCCCCCCCCUCUCUUCAGCUUUGAUUUUCUUCCCUGUAUCUUGAAGAAAUUUGGGCGCGGCAUCGGAGUCUGGGCUCCACCUUUACUAUUCCAGUAAUUUCCUACGAUUUAAAGAAUUAUUUUCGCCGAAACGUUUGGUUCAAGGUAGAAAAAUGAUGUUACAAUGCUGAUUUUGACAACAAAUUGUUCAGUUUAUUUAGAACUUCUGCAUCUCAAUGAUAAACAGCACAACAAAAUAAUUGAUUAUUGAUAUAUUAACUAGAGAUGUUCGCAUUAAAAAGUACUCCUCUCUCUAAAUUACGUUCAUUUUUUAACAAACGUUUUUAGAUUCACAAACAAUAUAUAUUAACUUUUUUAAAAUUUUGAUUUAAAUAUUGACAUUACGUUCCAAUUCCCCUUCCUCUUGCCAUAAAAAGUCAUACUUCAUCUAUACCCCUCCUCUCCUUGCUGACAUAAUAUGAGACUGAUCCCCAAGUUUUCUCAGUUCUUUUUCAUUCUCAUCCCUUGUCCUUUCUCUUCUUUUCCUUUUGCCCCCUCAUUUUCCUUUUGCCCUUUCCUUUCUUUUCCCUUUGUUCUCUUCUUUUGCCUCUUUCUUUUCUUUUUCUUUCCCUUCCCUUCCUUUCUUUUUCACUCUUCUUUUAAUCUCUUCCCUGGCCCUAAGACCCUUUGAUUCCUUCCCCCCCCCCCCAAUUAUAGAAGAAUAUACACCCCUGAUUUGGAUGCUCUUUGGAAAACUCAUUCGUGAAUGUUUUAUAUCCAAAUUGCACUCGAAACUAUCCUAUUAUACCUAUAACUGGGCACUAGAGUGGGUAUAAAUUUCGACAGAAAAGAAAGUGUCACACUACGUUACCUACAAGCAUGCAAUAGUAACUCCGAAAACGGUAAACACUCCGAAAACGGUGUAAACGCUCCAUAAACUGUUUAUUCGACAAAUGAUAUGUAAUAAUUUCAUCAUUCCUGAUGAUGACUAAAAUCUAGUCGAAACGUCGAAUAAACACUUUUCAAAAUGUUUACCGUUUUCGGAGUUACUAAUGUAUUGUAUUUAAAUUAAAAUACCCUGUGGUUCCCGUAAUUUCUACACUAUGUUACGAUCGGUCAAAGUGGAAAGAUGCAUGACUGCUAUUGAGGAGACUUUUUUUUUGACGGAGGACUUCAAGUGUUAUUUGAUAGCCUCUUCUUACAACUUCGUAUUCAAACUUUUUCUUUAACACUCCACCCCAAUGUAUAAUAUCCCGCAGUAUCAUUGCAGUAUAUUAUUGUGAUUACAGUAUAUUAUCUCACUACUUAAUACGCAUCUUCACUCUUUCCAUAAGGUUUUUGGAACAUAUCACUGCAUUACCAAGUUAUGUUAUGGAUGAUAUCCAUUUAUAUUCAAUCCGUGACCUUCUAGAGGUAAGUUGCAAACAGCAUCGUUGAACUAUUUAGAGAGUUCAGAUUUGAUUUUGAUCACUGACUUAGUACGCAUUUGAUUGGUUAGUCGGAGAUAUCAAACGCACCUGAUUGGUUAGUGGUUCCUUAAUGUAUGCGGGAGUGGAAGUCAAAUCUGAACCUCUCUAUAUUGUUUAUCGUGCUACGGACUGUCACUGAUUUCAAAAGUAGGAUUGAUACAGUGAAUCUGCUAUGCAUAAAUGAAGCCUAAGGUGGCCAUAUUGUGAUAUUGGCAUGAUCACCACAUAUCUACUGUGGUAUUACUUUAUUUAUUUAUUAUGCUUUGCCAAUUUCACACAAUCAUAUCUGCACAAAUACAAACACAAGAAUAUACAAACUAUCAAUCAACCAAUGGCAGGAUAUAUGCUACAGCUUUACGCCAAUUACAGCAGCCCUUACAGAACGAACAUGACACAUUCUACAUUGGAUCUUUAGUAAUAUAAAAAGGCCAGUUUGCACCCAGGAAAACCCUCCGCAGGAUAGUAACGGAAGGAAAGUUACAUAGUGCUAAAGUCGUUAGUUCCAACGCCGUCCGCUCCUGCGGAAAAUUUUUCUGAGUGGAAAUUAGCCAACAAUGGAGCUUAACAAGACCAACACAGAGACACACAUUAGAAUUAAUAUAACAACACGAAUUUGAACAAGACAAAUUACGGGACUUGUUACAAGACAAACAUACAGACUUACAUGUUCUAGGAUUUUCUGCGUCGUAAAUGUUCAGAGCCGAUUUUUAAUAUUCAUAGAGAUCGCUUUUGAAACGACCUAAGCUUAUGUUCUUUGUUGUCAACUCUUUUGGCAGAACAUUCCAUACUCUCGCACACCUGGAUAUAAACGAUCUCUGGAAUGUUGCAGUCCUACACUUCGGUGUGGCGGACUUCGAACAGUCUGGGUCAGCUGAUCGCGUUGCUCUCUGCCGGAUCUGAAUUGAUGGUAGAAUGUUGCCAUUGAUGUUUAUUAUCCCAUUUACACAUUUAAAGUAAAACACCAGAUCGAGGAAUUCGUGCCAAUAGCAGAGCGGAAUGAGGUCUAACAGUUCGAGUCUCUUACUAUAGCUGACAUCGCAGAUGAAUGGUAGAGCCAAAAUAAACUUGCUCGCGCGCCUCUGGAUUCUUUCCGUGCGUUUGAUCAGUUCCACGGAUUGUGGAGCCCAGACUUGAGACGCAUAGCAUAGUUUUCAGCGUACAAGAGUCAAAUACAGAGUACGACGAACCGAGAUAGUUUUUAUGUCCAGUGUAGAUCUCCUUACGUAGGCGAGCAUUUUGGUUGAUUGAGCACAUUGGUCCUCAAUAUAUUUGGACCAAGUCAGAUUGGAAGAAGUCCACACUCCCAAAUCACGUUCGUGAACAGCGCUUUCCAGAACAGCAUCAUGUAGCUUGUAGGGAUAUUCUAUUUUGUGGUGUUCUCUCGUUAUUCUCGUGACUUUACAUUAUUACUGACAUAUUAGAAGACGUUUUUGCCAUUUCUGAUUGUUGAUGAAAAAGGAAACAAAAUGAUUGGUCAUCAUUCGCGCUUUUUUCUUUUUUGCCAGUGAAUAACUAAUGAGAUCAUAAGUCUUUUCUGAUAUAAGUCUUUUCCGACAUAAGUCUUUUCUGAUUUUUUAAAACGUCAUAAAAUUCUUUAUAAAAGAGGUGCGAGAAAGUACCUGUAUAUACUAUACAUAUCUUAUUGAAUGGUUUGAUCAUAAGUUUUUUCCGACAUACGUCUUUUCUGUCGUAAGUCUUUUUCGACAUAAGUCUUUUCUUAUUGAAUGGUUCUGAUCAUAAGUCUUUUCCGACAUAAGUCUUUUCCGACAUAAGUCUUUUCUGAUUUUUUAAAACGUCAUAAAAUUCUUUAUAAAAGAAGUGCGAGAAGGUACCUGUAUAUACUAUACAUAUCUUAUUGAAUGGUUUGACAUAUAAUCCGGUCGAAUAUUUUACGAGUUUCGAACGUAUUUUUCCAACCUCUGAAAGGGCGAGGAAAAAUGCGAGAAACGAUCGUAAAAUGCUCGGCAGGAUUAUAUGUUAAACCAUUCAAUAGGAUUAUAUGACAAACCUGAAAAAAUAGAUUUCCAUGUCUUUUUUGAAAGAUUUGCAUGCGUUUAGCGCUGUAAACGGUUAAAAAUUUUUGAUUUUCAGAUGCAAUGAAAACAAACAUCCUGAAACAGGUUACGAAUUAGUUGCAUACCAAAUUAGGAACAACUUGAUACUGACGUCAUCGUUCUUGAAUUUGAUUGGAUAAAAUAUCACAAGCAAAGAAAAUCGAGUUUCUUAAAUUAACCAACUAAAUUUUUAUCUGCCACAAGUUUUGAGUUGAUUAUAUGAAAUAUGCCGAUUAAAAUUUGUUAAAAAGGUGAACUAAGUGAAGAAUUUGGCGAUUCUGCAAGCGAGAAAAGAAAUGAAGUUUAAGGCGCAACAAUAACUGAACGCGAGUAACUGUAUGAGCCUAAUAUUUUACGUCCAAACUGUCCAAUUACUUCAAAAAUUGUCAAGUAGGUUGUCAUGAUUUGUUUUCGUUGAAAAACUACUUCUUGAAAUACAUUUGGGAGGUUGAGCUUUUGUUUAUAGCAUUUUUGGUGCUGUUUUGCUCAACAAAUUUAAGAAAUAAAUACCUCUGAUUGCUUUUUUCCUUUUGAAGCUUUAUAGCGUUAUUUUAUUACUGUUUGUUCAUAACAUUAUAAUCAAGUCAUGAGUCGCCUUUGACCUAGUGUUUCCGUGGUUUGUUUUUCACUCAAAAAAGUCGGAUUUUGCUUUGUCCUAACCCAGAAAAACCUGUUUAGACGAGGGCAAUACUUUUAUCGUGUAAUCUGCUCUCAGAUUUUUCGUGUCCUCAUGACCUUAUUUGGUCAAAUCACGUCAUUGUCAUCGUCAUAUAAUAAAUAUAUAUACAGGUAACUUCUCGCACCUCUCUUAUAAAUAAUUUUAACACGUUUUAAAAAAUCAGAUAAGAUAUAUACCUGUAUAUCACUCCUGGUACUGUACAUAUGAUGCCCGACGUACAUUGGUAUUGUGUAUAAUAUGAUGCUCUAUUUUUUUAAGGUUAAAAGCGGUUUAUUUCGCGAACGACUUGAAACAGUGGCGAGCAGUUCACUGGAUCAUGUUUCAUCCUGUCAGGUAUGAAAUUGAAUGAGGCAUGCAACUGAGGAUGUCUUUUUCUUUUCUGAAAGAGUGAUGAGUAAUUAUGUAAAUGUAUUUGAAAAUCUCUUAUGUUGUAUUUCUAUUUUUGGCAGCUGUGCCUGGCCAAAGGAUUUUUUUGCGAGUACUGUAAAAAUGGUGACGAUAUAAUUUAUCCAUUUGAAGUGAAAAGAUGUAGCCAAUGUCCAGGUACCGUUCAUUACAUUCUUUGAACAAUGGGAAUGGCUUGUUUAAAGCCCUAGUUCCAACUUUUGCUCGCAUUUCACCUCCAACUGUUAUUGGCUCUCAUGCACUCUCAUCAACUUUGAGAGUUUUUGUUCGUUUGACCCGUAAUAUGGCAGUCACGCAACUGUUGUUCCCGUUUGAGAGAAAACUCUCAUGCAAACUCUCGCUUCCCAGCUCUCUGGUCCUUAAGUUCUAUUAUUAUAUAAACAUAAGUGUUAUAUAGAGUAUUUAAACACACGUAAAAGAUACGAUAUUUUUACGUGUGAAAAUAUCAUUUGUUGUAAAACGCAUUGCCACGGACGUUUUAUUGUUUUUCACUGAAUUUUGUUUAUAUAGUAAACAGAAAAAUACAUGGGUGCUUGAAAACACCAGAUUUAUUUCUCGUGUUGAACAUGAUAUCUCACUCGUUCGCUGCGCUCACUGGUAUCAUGUUCAACACUCGAAAUAAAUCUGGUAUUUCCGCGCACCCAUGUAUUAUUCUCUAUUUAUAUGAUGUUAUUAUAAUUAUUGUACAUGUUAUUUUAUAAAAACUGAGUGAUAAACAUUUUACAGAAAGCUUUUGAGGUCAGUAAAAGCUUAUGUAAUUUUCCCAACUCCCGCUACUAACUUCCCGGCGAAGGAUCUUCGCUCGAAACGUCGAAGUUCUGCCUGUAUUUUUCAGGUAGUUGCAUCCCCUCCUUAUUAUUGGCACCACCUAUAUACACUGGCACAGACCACAAGACAAUCGCUCAACCAUAUUGUUACAAGAUCAGUGUCAUACCAUGCUUUCGCGGCCUUUGUCAUCGUAUUUAUAUUAACCCAUGCGAAAAUCAACAAAUAGCAGUAAAAAUACCUUGUUUGGUACAUUUGCAAUGAGUAUCAGAUAAAAGAAGCAAGAAUUCUCGGAGAAUCGUUUAUAUAGGACGGAUUACAAAAUAUCUUUUCCAGAUCUAUUGAUCUGCUUGAUCCAUAAAAUGGCCGUCCCCGGGAAUUUGAACCCGUAAUAUCAUAUGGCGUGGCACUUGUCAUUUAAAGGCAAUAUUUAACAAUUAGACAACGAGGCCGAGUUGUCUAUGAGCGAAUAGUCAACGAGGCGAAGCCGAGUUGACUAUUAGUGCUCAUAGACAACGAGGCCGAGUUGUUUAGUAUAAACUUUAACAUUAAUUUACAACUAGGCUGCAAACACAAUACAAAAAUACACAAAAAAACCCAUUAUAAAACCAUUAAAGGUAAACAAAUACUUUAGUUUUUGUUCGCGUAAAAUGUUUUACAAAAUUCAGUUUUAAUUUUAAAAUUUCAUUUUGAGUUUAUGUUAUUUUGUCUAUUUUCUUACCCUUAAAAAUUGCCAUUCCAUAUUUUUGUUGCUUUUUUCGGGAUUUUUUAGUACAGAAUUGUUCAACAAGUCGUCCAAAAAAUCAUCAGACACUUCGGCAAAAGUGCAAAACGCGAAUUUUCCGCCAUUUUGAAUUUGCUAUAUUAGUAUGCUAUCACUAAUAGCCUACUAGUAGCAUAGCCAAUCAGAAGGCACGAUAUGUGAUAGCCUACUAGUAAGUUUAUACUAAAUACAUAUAGUCAUAUACGCAUGUCUGUUUUUCUAGAUUGUGGUUCAUGCUAUCAUCGUGAAUGCUUCGUGAAAGGAAAAUGUCCGAAAUGUGAACGAUUACUAUUAAG